AUGGCCGUCGACGCAGGAUCGCAGGCCGGCGAGGCCAACGCACGCCAAAUAGUCUCUGAGAUGUUUGGAUUCAUUGAAUCCCAAGGAAAAGGCGACUAUCUUGGAGAACGAGUCUCUCAACUCCAGCACUCCCUGCAAGCAGCCACAUUCGCCCAGAAAGCAGGCGCUGACGACGAAAUGGUGCUUGGUGCUUUGCUGCAUGAUGUUGGCAGGUUCAUCCCGGCUGAGAAGAAGGCCACUUUGGGCGCUCCGGACGGCACCAAUGUCGGCAAAGCGAGCCAUGAGGUCGUGGGUGAACAUUAUUUGAGUAAGCAAGGAUUUAGCUACAAGAUUUGCCAGCUCGUCGGAGCACACGUUUUCGCAAAACGAUAUCUGUGUGCCAUAGAUGCGUCGUACCAAGACGGGCUCAGUAGUGCCAGCAAGUCGAGUUUCAAGCACCAAGGAGGAGCCUUCAGCAAGGAGCAAGUCAUGGCCGCUCAGCAAGAUCAUCUCCUGGAGGAGAAGGUAGCAGUUCGGAGAUGGGACGAUCAGGCCAAGGAUCCGUUGAUGCAGACGCCGCCAUUGUCAAGCUUCGAGGAGAUGGCGGUUCAAUCUCUGCUCAAAUCGAAGUCAUAUUGA